AUGAAGAAAUUCCUAGUCAUCAUCCUUGCAAUUUCGCUAGUCCUCUCCAUAGAUUCUGAUUACCAAGAUGAUAUCGAGGCUGAUGGCUACGCAGAAAGUGACAAAAGAAGUGAAUUUGCAAAAAUGGCCCAAGAUCCACACGGACAUCAUAAUCAUGAAGAAGAAUUGGAACAUAACUCCCAUGAUCAUAGCCACCAUGAGCAUUCUCAUACACAUGAGCAUAAUGAAUAUCAUGAACACAUUGAAAAACCCCAAGAACCACAAAAAAAUCAAAAAAUUAAUCUUCCAGAUGAGAAUGGCCCAUUCUAUCUUGUUUUCGUUAACUUUGCAUUGAUUACAGAGCAUUACAUUGCUGCUGCUUAUAAAGCAAUCCGAAGCAUGACUCCUAUUAACAUCAUUGUAUUUUAUAUCGCACUUUUCUAUUUAUGUUUGAAAUUAGUUUUGCCUGAAAGAAACAGAAUAAAUCUCAGCUACAAAAUAACUGAAGAAAAUGCGCAAGCUGAAGUUAUGCAAAUGCUUGAAGCAAAAAACAAAGAGCUUCAACAAACUAUUGCAAGCGUGAAAAAUUCCAUCAAAGAAAGCUCAGUGGAUGUAAAACUUGAUAAAGGAAACAGCAAGAUUGACAACGAAACAAGUAAAAAGUUAGACACAAUCCUUUCUGAGAUUGCAAGGAUCCAAACUACUCAGCAUGAAUUUCAGAGCAAAGUCAUUGAAUCGCAUAGAGACCUAUGGAUUAAGCUAGACAAAGCAAAAGGGCCUAAGAUAAGCAUCAAUGAAAUUCCUGUUGUUGACUCCAUAGAAGUUUCCAAUCCCUAUGAUAUAAGUAAAGCCUAUCUUGAUGAUAAAAAUGCUGUCAAUGCAAAUUUAGGAUACAGAGAAGAGACAACAUCAGUCAUUGAGCCUGAGAAAAGUGAAAGGAAGCAGUCAGAUGCUUCUUUCAAGAAAAAGAAAGAAUCAUUUGAUGAGCCAAUCAAAAAAGAAAUUAAAUCUGAGAUUUCUGAAGAAUUAAGCUUUGAGCCUAAGUCUGUUUCAAGAGAGAACACUGAUAAAAUUAAUGAAAAAACUGAAUUUGGCUUAGGUUCAAGUCUGAAGUUUGUGGACAUCGAUGAGGUCAAAAUGCCAGAAAACACAAUUGAUGAGCUUGAGCCAAAAAAUGAAAUUCCAAUGCCAAUCAAAGCUCCACCUCCAAAAAUACCUGCACACAUUCCUAUGAAGGGAUCGAAUCCUAUAAAAAAGACCCCACCAGUACCUGUGAAAGCUCCAACUAAGGCUCCAGCCCCGUCUGAAAAUAGAAGCAAAUACACUCCUCCACAAGUUGCAACUAAUCCUUUUGGUCUUAAAUAA